ACGGCGGGCAACACGGGCAUCGGGCUCGCGCACGUGUGCCGCAGCCGCGGGUACCGGCUGGUCAUCUACAUGCCCAACACGCAGUCGAAAGGCAAGAUCGACCUGCUGCGGCUGCUGGGCGCCGAGGUGUACCCGGUGCCGGCGGUAGCGUUUGAGAACGUAGACAACUACAACCACCAGGCGCGGCGGCACGCCGAGCGCCUGGACAACGCCGUGUGGACUAACCAGUUCGACAACACGGCCAACCGCCGCGCGCACAUCGAGACGACGGGCCCCGAGAUCUGGCACCAGACGGCCGGCCGCAUCGACGCCUUCACGUGCGCCACGGGCACUGCCGGCACCCUCGCCGGCACCACGCGCUACCUCAAGACGGUGUCGGACGGCCGCGUCAAGUGCUUCCUGGCCGACCCGCCGGGUAGCGUGCUGCACUCGUACCUAAGCUCGGGCGGCAAGCUGGUCGAGCGCAGCGGGUCGAGCAUCACCGAGGGCAUCGGCCAGGGCCGCAUUACCGACAACCUUCAGCCCGACCUCGACCUGCUCGACGGGUCGCUGCACAUUAGCGACGAGAAGAGCAUCGAGAUGGUGUACCGCUGCCUCGACGAGGAGGGCCUCUACCUCGGCGCGAGCUCGUCGCUCAACGUCGUCGCCGCCAAGGAGGUGGCCGAGAAGCUGGGCAGGGGCCACACCGUCGUGACGGUGCUCUGCGACGGCGCUUACCGCUACGCCGACCGCCUGUUCUCGCGAACGUGGCUGGAGAGCAAGAACCUGCUCUCGGCCAUUCCCAAGCACUUAGAGAAGUACAUAGUGUUACCCUAGCCA